UUGAAUUGUUACCGUCACAUAUUUCGUAAGUUGUACACAACUUUUCUAUAAUGGACUGGGUAUUGCCCAAAAAAUUGGAUCUUUUGGCGUGGGACUUGUCAUUUACCGAGCUGUUUUAGCAAUGCUAAUUUGGUUUUAUGUCAGACAUUUUUGGGCCUUCAUCGUGAAAAGUUUGUUUUAAGUUAUAUUGUUAAAAUAUAAAGUUUCGAGGAUGAUAUCGUUUAAUCGAUGUACAAUUAUUUUUAUUUCGGUACUUCUAGUUGCUUCGUUACAAGCAAUAACUGUUAAUCCAUUAUGCCCGACGAAUAAAAUAGCUCCUCAUCGAAAAAUUGCGAGUUAUAAUCAGUAUACUGGUCGUACUUUUGGAGCUUUCUAUGAUUUGUUAGCUCCGAAUUAUUCGAAUAGUAAUUCUCCAUUUAAUGAUUUACAAGAAAACCCUCAAGAAGAUGAUGCAAAUGAUUGUGGUGAAAUAGAAGAUUACGAUGAAAAUGAUUUAAGUUCUAUAACACAGCAAUCACAGAGGCGUCAACAACGACACGGCCAUCGCAAUUAUUUUAACGGUUUCUUAAAUAGACCACCCCAUUCCCAACCUACAAUAUCGUCGGUGACAACCCGUCCUCAGAAGCCAAUGUAUCCUUCUACUCGACCACCUUUCUUCUCAGGAGGAUACUUCGGUAAUAAUCCAUAUAGACCGCAACCGAUACAACAUCCAUCUGACCAUGUAAAACCUGUCCACGAAAGCAAUAGCCAACAAUUUCAAGAAAUUUAUAUUCCAAAUAUUGUAGGUGGGCCCUUGAAUCAUGUGGUUGGCGUUUCGCCAGCCAAGCCUACUCGAAAACCGACACAGUACGAUGUAACUUCGUCCAGAACUCCUAGCUAUUAUGCUUAUGACACGGAAUCUACACCAACGACAUAUUACCCGCGAUUGAGGAAAAACAACGAAAAUAAUAUACUCGGCUCUUUUAUUGAUUUGCUAUUUAAAUAAAGAAACAAAAUCUGAAA